AUGGAGUCGUCCCAGGGGCGGCCUGGGCCCGGGGCGGACCCCCCGGCUCUAGGGAAACACCAGGCCGAUAUCUUCGGCAGUGAGCCGGGCCGAACGCCCUUUGAGUCAUCCUCAGACCUUAGAGUAUCUGAGAAGGAAGAGGCCGAGAACGUUGGGGGCGCGAGCCGCCACCCCAGGGCGUCCCUGAAGACUUCGAGCUGCAGCGUAGUCCACCGGUUGGAAUGGGAGGCUCAGGAGGACGAAUCCGGGCCCCGAGGAACGUCGUCUGGGACCGGGAGCCGCAGGGUGGCGCUGGGUCCGGAGCACGACCCGUCCCCCUCUUCCCGGCGCCAAGACCCUGAGCCACCGGAGGUCGAGCCUGCAUCCGAGAGGGUGUGCUGUCUAGGGAGCCCGGGAGGCGGCGGGAUGAGUGUUGAACAGCAGACGCAGGAGGAAGACAACGAAGAGGCGGCGGUGGCCGGUAGGACUGGGCGCUCAUUCUCCAGCCGCCUUCAGGACAGCCGCAGCCUGGAUGCGCUGAGCGGAGCGUGCGGCGGCGCAGGGUCCGCAGCGGGCGCCGAGGCCGGCGCGAGCGGCGGGCGCCGGGCCACUAUCUCCAGCGCCCUGGAGCUGGAGGGCACAGUGAGUCGCCACGGCGACCUCACCCACUUUGUGGCCAACAACCUACAACUCAAAAUCCGUCUGAGCGGCACCCCUCAGCCCCCGCUCCCCGUCCCUGCGCGUUCCUGCCCAACGCCUGCCCCCUCUCCGGCCAUCCCGCCGAUCGACCCCGACGUGUUGCGGGACCUGGAGCGGCUGAGUCGGGAGCUGGGCGGCCGAGUGGACCGUCUGCUCCGCGGGCUGGGUGGCGCAGUGCAGGAGCUUACAGCGCUGAGCGUGGGCUGCAUUCAGACGUAUCGCGACGCCGUGGACUCCUUAGGCGAAGCCGUGGACAUGAGCAUCAAGGGCAUGUACACCCUGCUGGCGCGCUGCGAGGAGCUGGAGCGGGCCCUGCAACCGGUUCAGGGACUGGCUCGCCAAGUACGAGACAUCCGACGCACACUGGAGGUGUUGGAGGCUCUGUGCAAGUGA